GCUCAUGUCGAGUUUGAGAGCUUCGUCAUGGUGGAGCGUCUCUUGUGCUAGUGCUCGCUCAGUGAGGCCUGCCAAGAUUAAGGUCCUGACCGUGGGGAAAUCCCCAGACCCUGGCGUCCAAAUGCUUCUGGAUGGAUAUAGUCGGAAGAUUCAACGAUACUGUGGCUUCCAAGUAGUGCAAGUCCGACCAAAUCCAAAAAACUCCAGCGAUCCAAAGGUCCAGAUCGAGGCCGAGAGCGAGAAUGCCAUGCGAAACAUCUCAACCAGCGACUGGGUUGCAGUGCUGGAUGAAAAUGGUCGAGACGUAACUUCGCUCGAGCUCGCAGACUUAAUCGCUGAUGCAGCAAACAACUGCAGCUCAUCGCUACUUUUCUGUAUUGGUGGACCAUACGGACACGGCUCUCGCGUCAAAACUCGCGCAAAUGUGACACUCCGGCUAUCCUCGCUGGUCCUCAAUCACCAAGUCGCUCUUAUCGUCCUCGUCGAGCAAAUUUAUAGAUCCUGGACGAUCCUGAGAGGCGAACAUUACCACCACUGAAGAGGAAAAAGUUCCAUUUUUCUUUGCUUUCUCGAGCAAAUCUAAGCUGGAAGAUCCCUCACUAGAGUUUUUUAUCUGGAGGAGAAAACUUCAAACGAUGACCGUCCGAUCGGGGUCUUAUAAUCGAACGGUGGUAAGCCUAGUGGGGCUUCCUUUAUUUUUA